CCCUCCACCGCAUCACCUGUGGCAUAGCCCGAUGACUAAAUAAAUGUCUCUUUAAUGUCUUGUUUUGAGUUAUUUUCACAUGCCCGGGGGUGUGUGGGAUUCGCUUGCCCGGCCAGAUGAAGGCUUGACAAGCGCUGGGAGGAGCGGCGGGCGGGGGCCCGAAGAUUGUUUCCACUUUCUUGGGGAUGAGAACUCCUCCCUCAGCCUCUUCCCUCACAUCGUUACAACUUUUCAGGAAACGUCUAAUAAAGACAUCAUCAUCCCAUGUUUGUCAUCUCGGCAUCUUGUUAAUGGCUUUUUUUUUAUCAAUGGGCCUAUGCUAUCAUUUAAGGGCAUAUGGGGCGGGGUAAACAAUAGCUUUGCCUGUUCAGAUUAUUUUGCAUAUGUCCCAGAAAACAUUUCCUCAGCAUAAACAUCAUAGCAAAAUACAUCACAUCCUAAUUUGACAUAUUUCCCUCAGGGCAAUACGAUUUGUUUUACAGUUAAGUUAUAAUGGAGUGCGAGUUGGACUAUAAAAGUCUAUAAAAAAUAAAUAUCAAGGUCAGUCGAAAAUAUGUUGUAUUUUAUUCUAGAACAAAAUAUACACCAGACCUCACACAUGCAUUCAACGAUCAUUUUGUGAAUGCUCACACGAUUCAGAGAACAGACGUCGCUCACAAGAAUUAAGGCUUUAAAAAUCAAUAUGAACUUUGUGUUGAGUCACUUAUUUCGUCUCAUUAGCUGGCCCCUCUUGAAGUUAUCAAACAACUGCCCACGGAGAGAUCUCCAGAGAUAACAAUGUCACAUUGUCACAUAAGGGCUCCCUACAAAUCCUUAAUUACAAAAAGGGGGAUCGGAUGACUGUGGCAUCCAAUACCGGGGUCUCCAGGCGGGUUGGGGCUCUUUGAUCAAGAAAAUCCAAUUAUUUGUGUAUGUACAUUUCCCACAUAGUGAUUACUUCAUUAAUUGUCCCGCCUUUAUCUCCUCCCAUCCCAUCCCCCCUAAUAAUCAGCUCUUUUAUCCAGACCAACAAACACACCAUAGGAGCUUUGUGGAUUCAAAGGAUUUGCUUCCCUCUCUCAAAGAGCCGCCAUUCUUUGAUGAUUGGGCAGCGGCAAACUUCAAAGUAAUAAAUCUUAGUGCUGACUGGCUGGCGUCCCACCAAAGUCCUUAUCAAAUCCUAAGAAGUGAUCCUUCACUCCCUCAGAUGGUCCAAGGAUAUCUCGAGGAGAGGAAGCGGGAGAGGUUACACUUUUUUGUACACAUGCGAAGACUUAUUUUGUGAUUUUUUUUUAUAUAUAUAUUAAAGGAACAGAGGCAGCGAUUUUUGUGCUUUUAAAAUUUGCGUGAACGAGUGGGGAAUACCUAACUUCAUUAUGGCAGCUGUGGCUGUUUUACGGAACGACACCCUACAGGCUUUCCUUCAGGAUCGCACUCCAAACUCUUCACCGGAAACCACUAAGCAUUCACCCCUGGCUCUGUUGGCGGCUACUUGUAACCGAAUUGGGCAUCAUCACGGGUCAAGCGCCGCGGACUUUCUCCAGGUCCCCUAUGAAACGACCCUCGGGUCUCCGUCUCGAAUUUUCCACCCGUGGAGUAACGAAGGAAAUCACCAGACCACUCUCACGAGCAAUUCCUCAUUUGGACUACAUACGAAAUCGCAGUUAUCUCACUUACAGGGCACGUACGCUUCCCACCACGAACUCCCUCUCACCCCGCCCGCGGACCCAGGCUACCCCUAUGACUUUUCCCCGGUGAAGAUGCUUCCAUGUUCCAUGCAGUCCUUGCAGUCGACGUGCACCCCAACAUACGUGCCCGCUGUCACAUAUGCAGCGCCCACUCAGGUGCCCACUGCGAUGUCAGGGUUUGUUACGGGACACUCUGGCCUGGUCCAUCAGCAACCGAGACAAUUAUCACCGAACCCGGGAGAGGACAUCCCGUGGUGGAGUCUUCAGCAAGGCAAUACCAUCACUCACUCCUCGCUCGGACAUCACCGGUUCCCGUUACAGAGGAGCUUGGUUCUGGGGCACACGGACUUCGCGCAGUAUCAGACCCAGAUCGCAGCCCUCCUUCACACCAAGUCUCCUCUGGCCACUGCCCGGCGGUGCAGGAGGUGUCGCUGUCCCAACUGCCAGUCGUCCAGCUCGAACGACGAGCCCGGGAAGAAAAAACAACACAUCUGCCACAUCCCCGGCUGCGGAAAAGUUUACGGCAAAACUUCGCACCUGAAAGCGCACCUGCGGUGGCACUCGGGAGAGAGGCCGUUUGUGUGUAACUGGUUGUUCUGUGGCAAAAGCUUCACGCGCUCGGACGAGCUGCAGAGACAUCUGAGGACUCACACAGGCGAGAAGAGGUUCGUUUGUCCGGACUGUUGCAAACGGUUUAUGCGCAGUGACCACUUGGCCAAACACGUCAAAACUCACCAAAACAAAAAGAUCAAACCUCACGACAAGACUCUGGAUCACGUCAAAAGGGAGGACACGAGACACGUGUAAGAGUCCAGUGUCAGUCAAAAUGACCUCUCACUCGAAACAGACAGUGCAAUAUUGCUCCAAUGAAAUUAAACAACACAAUGAAGAACCCCCGCUAAACAGGAGGCAUAGCCUGCUCAUAGCCCAAGUACUACAACGUUGGCCCCUACUAUUUAUUCAGUUUAUUUGACUGAAGUUCUGGCCUUAAAAGGAUUACAUCUUUUUUGAGUUUUGUCUGUGUACAUAGGAAAUAUUAAUCUAAAUAUGAUCCACUAUUUGGGACAUGUUUCAUGUGCCCAGGCUUGACAAUAUCUCUAAAUAUAAAACAAGUUUUCAACUUGUUUGUGAUUGGAUUCUUGUCUUCGGUGGAAGACCUCCUGCUCCUGUAAAUAUGAUUUAAUAGCUUUUGUUGAAUGAGAGUGUGUGUUCUUUUGCUCCAUGCUGGGGUGUUUUAAGCAUGCGACUACAACUAAAUAACCCUGUUGUUGAAAUGGCCCAAAAACUGUGUGUAAAAAAUAAAAGAGUCUAACAUUC